CGCACACGCGCGCGUCGCUCCUCCGAAGACCCGAUCGGACCACGACAGCCGCGGUGAUACUCUCCCGGAAUCGCAUUCAGUGUCGUACGCUGACCGUCACCAGACGUCCGGCUCUGUUCACCGUCGCCCAAGUCCCAUCGAUCAUCGUUUUCCUUUUUCCACGUCCGUUAUAAUAUUGUCAUAACAUAUUAUACACAACAAUACUGUUUAAUAUUCUCUCGUUCGUCACCGACCGCCGUUACCACCGAUUCUGUCGAUAAGAGAUAAUUUUGUAUACACAUCCGAAAGACUAACGAUAGCCAUGGCCGCGACGGUUUCCAACGGCAACGGCACUGACGUGGUGAGCCUACUAAAAAAGACCAAACCGCCGGCACUGAAGAAACUGGCGUCGUGGAAGGACGAAAACGAAUUCGACGAUACCGGCAACCCGAAAACGCCAAGAACGUCCACCACGCCGGGUAAGAUGCCGGGUCAUGAGCACUGCACGUUUCACCAUGACUUAGAGCUGGACCACAAGCCACCUACCCGUGAAGCCCUGUUACCGGACAUGACUGACUCGUAUAAGAUGCUUUUGAGCGCGUUGGGAGAAAACCCUGAACGUCAAGGGUUGUUGAAGACUCCAGAGAGGGCUGCAAAGGCAAUGCUGUUCUUCACCAAAGGCUACGAUCAGACGCUGACAGACGUACUUAACGAUGCUGUAUUUGACGAGGAUCACGAUGAAAUGGUUGUGGUGAAGGACAUUGAAAUGUUUAGUAUGUGUGAACAUCAUUUAGUCCCAUUCUACGGGAAAGUUUCGAUUGGAUAUUUGCCGAAAAACAAAAUUUUGGGCCUCAGCAAACUUGCACGCAUCGUGGAGAUGUUUAGCAGAAGACUUCAAGUUCAAGAACGACUAACUAAACAGAUCGCUGUGGCUGUCACCCAAGCCAUCCAGCCCGCUGGAGUUGCUGUGGUCAUUGAAGGAGUUCAUAUGUGCAUGGUCAUGAGAGGCGUGCAAAAGAUAAACAGCAAAACCGUCACGUCUACUAUGUUGGGAGUGUUCCGAGACGACUCAAAGACGCGCGAAGAAUUUUUGAACCUAGUCCAGUCAAAUUGAAUUUUGCGAAAACAACAUCAACGUCAUUACAUUCACAAGACAUUUACAACAGCGAAUCUUUAUAUAAUCCUAAUGGAUUACUAUUAUCAUUCGUACACACACACAUAUAUAUUUAUAUAAUAUAUGUAUACAUAAAUAACAUUAUACACAAACUUAUUAGCCACUCUCACUUACCUACGUAUACACGAGAAAAAAAUAUUUACUGGAAUUAUAUGUGUGUGCACACUUCUGAUUAAAGCACAUAAUAAUAUAUUGGGCAUAAAAGGCUGGGUUUUAAAAUUAUU